CACCAUCUCCUGGUAAAACAUUGUAGUGCAAGCUAAUCUGUCCAGCACAGUCACUUCCUCUUCUGUUCCCGCUACUGGCCACCAGUAAUACGGUGACACUCUGAACAACAUAGCCACAUACUUGGUGGUAGAUCUGUUUAUAAGAAUCCGGGCAGAGAACAUUACGUGUGGUCUUCUAAAUGUGUGUAGAGAAGACAGCGGCGGUCCAGAACUGGUGACUUGUACAGUUAUUUAUUUUGCUGUACAAUCACUGUGAAUGUGGGUUGUGCUCUUGCACAGCUUUAUAUGUAAGGGUGUUUGGUUGUUCGUGGGUGUAUGUAUGUGUGUGUGCGUGGGUGUAUGUGUUCCCCAACUCCACCAUUAUGUCUUCAUAUCCCUCCCUACUCCUGCCACCUCCAGUCCUCCUCCUUCUUUUCUUCUCCUUCCCGCUACUGAUGCUUUUCCCAGAAACCUCCCUCUGCAAAGCAGUAGCCAGGAGGGCACCAAAAUUGGGAGAUUCUGUCACGCCAAACGAAGCAAACUGCAACGGUUCAUGUGAGGAGGCUCUCCCCAACAACAGCACAAAACAAGCCAGCGGUUUCUCUAAUUCCAGCUCUAGCAACUCCUCUUCAAGAGUAACAGAUGGACUUAACGUGUCAGAGCCCAAUGACAAAACGUCUUUGAAACAAGGAACCAGCAAGGAAACCUCUGUCAUCUCUCUGCGAAACAAUCACACAGUCUUCAACCAUCCAUCGAAUGGCACUAAAUUACUAGACAAAACACUUAACCAACCACCAAACCCAUCAACAGAAGAAAGGCCCCUCAGUGUUGCUCCACAACCGAUUGACCCCCCAAAAGAAUCUACAACGUCUGUGUCAUCACCCAAACCAGCCACCAAACUAGUUGCUCAUAUUACCCAAACAAAUGAAUCUAUAGGGAAACACCUGCUGGACCAAGCCUCCACAUCGCCUUCCCCGAUUCCCAGGUCCAAUUUGUCGACCGAUUCUCUCCAUCUUUCAAAUGGCCCUGACUAUGCAGGUGGUCUUAUUCCAGAAGACGCUAGCAAUAAAUCUAGUACCACCACUGCGACUGUCACUUCUAGGCCAGUCGUACCUGUAGCGCCCACCAACCCUGCUGAAUCUAGCACCAUGCCCACUGCAUUAACACUUAACUCAACCACAUCAGCCCCAACAGCAGCGCCAGCACAGACAACAACAACCACUACUCCAUCUACCACAACGACAACCAUGACUUCCACAGGUGAGAAGAACCCCCAGCCACCAGCCUCACCAUCUCCUCCUUCAGCCCUAAAACCCAAGACCUCAGUGACUACCGGUGCCCCUGUUGAGUUGUCUACUUCCACUACUUCUACUACUACUUUUACUUCUACUACUACUGCUGCUGCUCGUAGUGAUGUUAGUACCAUCUCGACUGCAAUUAUUUUCCAUCUGGCAGACACUGCUUCUUUACUGGCCGUCUUGCUGUUCGGCCUGCUCUUCUUUGUAGUCACAGUGGCGUUGUUUGUGGUGCAGGCCUUUGAGAGCUACCGCAGGAAGGACUACACACAGGUGGACUACCUGAUCAACGGCAUGUACACUGACUCCGGUGUGUGAGGACGGGGAAUGGGGUGAUGCUACUAGGAGCUGAAGAGGGCUGAGAGAGCUUCAGCAAGGAAGAGCUGGCUAAGGUUUCCUCAGGAACUGGGUUCAUUGUCUUCCUACCCGGGACUUACAAGGCAUAUACAUGAUAUGAGUGCAUUGUGGAUCCCUUUCCAUUUUUCUUUCCCGAAGAUCACACGCAUCGAAUACAUUUGAGAGGCAGCAGCAUUGAUAACAGUAGGGUUUUUGGGGGGUGGCCUCUAUGUUACAACACGGAAGAAGUAACUGAGGGUAAUGUUUAAAGUUUAAAUUAAAUUGUUUUGGACAAGUGCAGACAAUAGUCGCUGUAGUAACUGGUGCCUUGAUACACGGGUUUGGAUUUGGCCUGUGUGAAGGUUUUAAGUGCUGAACCGCAAAAAAGACCUUGCAUACAACACACCAUACAAAUUGUUUAUGCACAAAUUAAUUUUGUUUACAUUGAUUAUACAUUUGCUUCAAUUAUUUUCUAUUUUUAUGGGAUGGAUAUUGAAGGUUGGUGGUGACUUAAUCCCUGAUGUUAUCGUUGUUUGGUAGAGGAUACAAUUUGAAAUGUGUCUUUCAACCACAACCAGCUGCAGAAAAUGUACAUCGUAAAAAUGAUUAAGUAUAAGGAAUUAUUGGCACUUCUGCAAUGAUUCAAGAUAGAAAAAAAACUAGAGAACUGCAAGUAUUUUUCCGAGAAGGAUGUUUGAGCCUUAAAAGGUAUUGAUGCCAACUGAGGAAAUAGUUCGUUUUUCCGUCUCUCUUGCACAGCAGCAGUGUAUGUGCGCGCCUUGUGUUCUUCACACUUCUUUAAGGCCUAUGUCUGGUCUGGAUGGAGAUGGGCCAGAGAGGGAUGGACCACCAUGUGGAAGAUUGUGUCGGUUGAUUAAGUUUAAGGGGCUUAUGCAAAUGUAACCUCUCGCCAUUUAUUUUUUGCAUCCGUCUGUUCAUUUCAAAUUGAUUCCCUCCAGAGUCUUCCAUUCUGUCGUUUGGUCUGCUUUUGCUAUUCAAUGUAUCUCCAUAUAUCAGAGUGUAACAUUUGAACCACUUUAUUUUUGAUAAUGCACUAAAGCUAUAUUUACCGGAAUUCAUAAUUAUGUAUUGUGGACAUGUACACCAACAUUUCUGACUGGGUUUUGUAAUUCAUUGAACAUUAAGCAAAGGCUUUUCCUUUAACCAUUUCAAAUAUUGCAUUCCAGCCUGGACACUUGCAAACCAUUAUAUGAUUUUGUAUAGAAACUAGUUUAUGAACUUGUUUACUAACUUCAAAAUGUUUAUAAUAUGCACCAAAGGAAAUUUACAUUAUAGAGCAAGCUUAACUAUUGUUAUUUUCAGGAACUUUGUAAAUGAAUGUAGCUUGUGUAAUGCUGACGAUGUCUCCAGCUCUGACUGAAAUCCCUUUGUUUACAUUUUUCUUUUGUUGUGUAAUUUUACACAUUCAAUAUUCACUUUUUAUUUGCCUUGGGUUAUUGUAUCCAUCAAAAACAGUUCCCAAAACCAGAAAACACAAACCGAAUCAUUAAGUGCAUUUGAUUCUCUCUGAUUCCAAGAUGAAUAAAAUGCCCUUUCAUCUCCUCAUUGAUAUACCGUACACUUAAGUCUUCCACAUGGGCCAUCGCCAAAGUUUGGCUGAAGCAGAUCAUUGUGGAGCCAGAGGAAUAACAGCCAUCAUUCAUUAGUGUUAUGGAUUCUUGAGUAUUUGUAUGUCUCGCAAUACAGAAAAGUGAGUUUGGUGUCUGAGUGAUUGUCUGUUUCUGAUCAACUGGUGUUUGAUAUUCUGCAUGUACCAUGUAAGAACAUUGAUAUACUGGGGUGAAGGCUGAGUAUGUGUAUGUGAAAGUAUGUUUAUGUGGGUUGUUCAAGUUUAGUUUGCAACUAUUGAAACUGCUCGAAAAAAAGGUCACUAUAUUUCUGCGUGUGUCAAGUGUGACAAGUUUUCAGACAUUACAAAUCAGGUGUGACUUAUUCUUCCUGUCAUCUGCCAAAAUGUGUAUUUGCUAGGAUUUUGACUUUGUUAAUAUUACUUGGAACUCACAUUCUAAGAUUUGCUCAUGUUCGCAAAUGUAAAUGUCCAAUAUUCUAGAAAUAACACUGGCUCAUGUGUUCACUAUUGAAUUAUGUUUCAUGGCCCAGUUAGUUCCUUGAAGUCCUAAUAUUUCCAUAACAACUUUGACAUUGUGUUAAUGCACUAUUGAAAGAUGUUUAUUUGCCAAAAAAUAAAUUAUGAGAAUCCUGUCUUUUUGUGAUAUUUCAUUA